GAGGGAGAGGAGGUGCGUAGAUCGGUGCGAGCGUGAAUUCCGAGUGAUCGUUCGUGCUCUGGGUUUGUCUGCUCUAGCUGAGAGAACUGCAGUUGAGAUCACUGGCCUCGUCUAAAGAGAAUACUCCAGAGGAUGAGACCACCUUCACGUCCUUGUACCCCAUCAUGUCAUCUUUGGGCGCGGGGGCGGUAGCCGGGGCCGUGGCCAAGACAGUUAUCGCCCCACUCGACCGAACCAAAAUAAACUUCCAGAUCCGAAAUGAGCCUUAUUCACUACGCAAGGCGUUCAAGUUUCUGGGAGAAAGCUACCAUAGAGACGGGCUGUCGUCAUGGUGGCGCGGAAACUCGGCUACGAUGGCCAGGGUUAUCCCCUACGCAGCUCUGCAAUAUUCCUGCCAUGAACAAUACAAGAUAUUGCUCAAGGUAGAGACGACCGAACAGCGCGCACAAAGGCACGGCACAUGUUUCAUUGCGGGAAGCUUAGCAGGAGUCACAGCUGCUUCGGUGACCUACCCGUUGGACCUAGCCAGAGCUCGAAUGGCGGUUUCUCGCUGCGAAACGUACAAAAAUCUGAGUGAAGUCUUCUUGAAGAUAUGGAAGAACGAAGGACCGCAAGCCCUCUACCGAGGCUUCGUGCCCUCGUUACUCGGGGUGAUCCCAUACGCAGGAACGAGUUUCUUUACAUACGAGUUCCUGAAACGUCAUCGUUCGACUCAACUCAACCUAGUCAGCGAGAAAGAAAUAGGCCAAUUACAUCCCAUGGAACGGCUAAUUUUCGGAGCGAUCGCCGGUCUCUUGGGUCAGAGCACAUCGUAUCCUCUCGAUAUUGUGAGGAGGAGAAUGCAAACGUCCAGACUGACGGGUCAAAAAUACAAAACCAUCCGAGGGACGAUACUGCACAUCAGAAAGCACGAAGGCCUACGCCGAGGACUGUACAAGGGAUUAAGCAUGAAUUGGAUCAAAGGGCCCCUCGCGACGGGCACGUCUUUCACGGUGUACGACAUCAUCAAACACUUCCUCGAUCAUCACAUAUGAGGUUUCGAGCCUGACUUGGUCUGUGUGGCCAAGCAUCUGCGGAUAAAACGAAGGAACAGUUCGCCGCACAAGACCGAAUUUAGCUGCUUCGAGGGCGAUACGGCUCCCGUAAAAGAGUUCUGCCUUGGUCUCGUCCCCCGCCGCGGGACCGAUUUGUAAUUUCUCGUUCCAGGUACACUAAGGCGAAGAGUGAUUAUUUCGAAAAGCUCAGAUGACUCUAGCGAAAAUUUAGUUUAUGAUAAAAGAGCGGAAUAAACACUGU